AAACAGGGGACUAGGUCCUGUCUCGAUCCGCCAUGUUAGAUUCGCCCCGCAGGGAUAGCAGCAGAACUGGCAGCGAACGGUCCUUGCACUGGCCUCAGGCAGGCGCCCCCCGGGGGCGGGAAGCUGCCCCAGAGCAUGGAACUACAAGUUACUCUAAAUGUGACUUUUAAAAAUGAAACUCAAAGCUUUUUGGUUUCGGAUCCAGAAAAUACGACUUGGGCUGACGUUGAGGCUAUGGUAAAGGUUUCGUUUGAUCUGAACACUAUUCAAAUAAAAUACUUGGAUGAGGAAAAUGAAGAGGUAUCCCUCAACAGUCAAGGAGAAUAUGAAGAAGCACUUAAGAUGGCAGUUAAGCAGGGAAACCAACUGCAGAUGCAAGUCUAUGAAGGGCACCAUAUUGCUGAUGAAGCCCCACCUCCAGUUGUAGCAGAAAAACGGGCAGCUGCCAGGCCAGGGAAGAAGCCACUUGCACAUUAUUCUUCACUAGUGAGAGUCUUGGGAUCAGAGAUGAAGACUCCAGAGGAGCCAACUGCACAGUCAUUUCCACCUGUUCCUUGUGACAGAAACCAGCCUCAAGACAAGCCACCAGACUGGUUCACAAGCUACCUGGAGACAUUCAGAGAGCAAGUGGUUAAAGAAACAGUUGAGAAGCUUGAACAGAAGUUACAUGAGAAGCUUGUCCUCCAAAACCCACCAUUGGGUUCCUGUGCCUCCGAAGGCUCAAUGCCUGUUUCAGAGGAAACACUGUUUUUUGCAGAAAAUCAGUUCAGCUGGUAUAUUGCUUGCAGCAACUGCCAAAGAAGAAUUGUUGGUGUGCGCUACCAAUGUAGUCUGUGCCCAUCCUACAACAUUUGUGAAGAUUGUGAGGCAGGACCAUAUGCCCAUGACACCAACCAUGUCCUGAUGAAGUUGCGGAAGCCCAUUAUGAGUUCUUCUGAACCAUUUUCUCAUUCAAAGUACUCUACUACUCGUCUCCCUGCUGCUCUGGAACAAGUCAGGCUCCAGAAACAAGUUGAUAAAAACUUUCUUAAAGCAGAAAAGCAAAGGUUACGAGCGGAGAAGAAACAGCGAAAAGCUGAAGUCAAGGAACUUAAAAAGCAGCUAAAACUCCACAGGAAGAUUCAUCUGUGGAAUUCAAUUCAUGGGCUCCAAAGCCCCAAGUCCCCUUUGGGCCGACCUGAGAGCCUGUUGCAGUCCAAUACCCUGAUGCUCCCUUUGCAGCCCUGUGCCCCAGUUAUGCCAACGCUUAGUGCAGCAUUUGUAGAUGAGAACUUGCCUGAUGGGACUCACCUUCAACCAGGAACUAAGUUUAUCAAACACUGGAGAAUGAAGAAUACAGGAAAUAUAAAGUGGAGUGCUGACACCAAGCUCAAAUUCAUGUGGGGAAACUUGACUUUGGCAUCUACAGAAAAGAAGGAUGUUUUGGUUCCCAGUUUGAAGGCUGGCCAUGUGGGCAUUGUGUCUGUGGAGUUCAUCGCCCCAACCUUAGAGGGAACAUACACUUCCCAUUGGCGUCUUUCUCAUAAAGGCCAACAGUUUGGGCCUCGGGUCUGGUGCAGUAUCAUAGUAGAUCCUUUUCCUUCCUCGGGGAACCCUGAUAACAUUGAAAGGGGCAUGAUUAGCUCAAGCAAAGUUGGUGAUGUCACCUGCCAGCAAGAGGAAGCUUUUCUUGUAGACAAAGAAGAAAGUGAAGUGAUGCAGCAGACAGAAGGAAUAGGAACCAGCAUCCCACCGAAGACAAAGAGUGUUGCCAGUGAGAGAGAGCUCUACAUCCCAUCCGUAGACCUCCUGACUGCCCAGGACCUGCUUUCCUUCGAAUUGUUAGAUAUAAACAUUGUCCAAGAGUUGGAAAGAGUGCCCCAUAACACCCCUGUGGAUAUGACUCCCUGCAUGUCUCCUCUGCCACAUGACAGUCCUUUAAUAGAGAAGCCAGGCUUGGGGCAGAUACAGGAAGAGAGUGAAGGGGCGGGAUUUAAAGCACUUCCUGAUUCUACAGUAUCUGCAAAGAAGGUUGAGAAUACUGCUUCUGUGGAGGAAGCAGAAGAAGAUCUUAGCGGGACCCAGUUUGUUUGUGAGACUGUAAUCCGAUCCCUUACCUUGGAUGCCGCCCCAGACCACAACCCACCUUGCAGACAGAAGUCCCCCCUGAGAGAAUUGAACCAGCAUUCCACAGAGGAACAGCAGACAGUUAUGCCUGGAUUCUGCAGAAAGGAAUCUUCCUUGAAAUUUGCCUUGCCUAAAGAGGGACCACUUGGAGAUGAGAGAGAAGAGAUUGUCCAUAUUGCUGAGGAAGAAAUCGUGGAGGAGGAAGAAGAGGAAUUCAAAGAUGAAGUUCAGAGUCAGACCUCUUCGUCCUCAGAAGAUUACAUCAUCAUCUUGCCUGAGUGCUUCGAUACCAGCCGUCCCCUAGGGGAUUCCAUGUACAGCUCUGCACUCUCGCAGCCAGGCCUUGAACGAGGGGCUGAAGGCGAGCCUGGAGUUGAGGCUGGUCAGGAACCAGCUGAGGCUGGGGAGAGACUCCCUGAAGGGGAGAGCCAGCCACAAGAGCAGAAUAUCAGUGACAUCCUCACGACCUCACAGACUCUGGAAACUGUGCCCCUAAUCCCAGAGGUGGUGGGGCAUCCACCACUGCUGCCCAGGAGCCCUCCUUGUGUACAACAUGAUUCCCUGGGAGUGGAUUUACCAGUUACCAUACCAGAAGUUUCUUCAGUCCCUGAUCAGAUCAGAGGAGAGCCCAGAGGCUCAUCAGGACUUGUAAACAGCAGACAGAAGAGCUAUGAUCACUCAAGACACCACCACGGGAGCAUUGCUGGAGGACUGGUGAAGGGGGCCUUGUCUGUCGCUGCCUCUGCAUACAAGGCCCUAUUUUCUGGGCCACCAGUCACUGCACAGCCAAUAGUUUCUGAAGAUCAGACAGCAGCUCUGAUGGCCCAUCUCUUUGAAAUGGGAUUCUGUGACAGGCAGCUGAAUCUAAGGCUUCUGAAGAAACACAAUUACAACAUCCUGCAAGUUGUGACAGAACUCCUUCAGGUCAACAAUAAUGACUGGUACAGCCAACGCUACUGAGGAGUGACCUUGUAUUAAAUAACUGCCUGCUGCUUAGAGAUGAUUUUUACUUGUCAUUGGGGGAAGAGGUAGAGACCCUUGAUUAUUUUUUAAUCUGAUGAAUCUAUAUAGAGCCCAUCAUUGAAUUGUCAAGACAAUACCUGUUGUAGUAUUUUUUGGAGCAAAUCAAAGACCACAGCUUAAAUUUUCACUUUAGGGAUUGGAUGAGUAGUAGGAAGACAGUUUUUCAAUUGAUUUGGAUAAAAAUCCUUUCUCAGUGCAUUGAUGUAACGUUGACUUCCUAUAGGACCAUUUUUUUUUUCUGCUUGAGUAUUUUUUGUUGGUUCGUGUGGAUAUUUUUAAUGGGAUAUCUGUUAAAUGUCAGACUUUUUUUUUAAA